GAGAGCGCGCGCUUCGCUGCCAUGGGCGUGCCCGUGCCGCUCGCUCUGGAGAAUGGAUCGAUUGGGUGUCACGGAGAGCUCAUCGAUCUCCUCAGCAGUGUACGAACCGUGGAGCUACCGUUUGCUGUGCCAAAGCAGCUCUUCCGGGUCACCGAAGCUCAGAUUGUGAAGGAUGUGCUUCACGCACUGCAAGGAUCACCUGGCGAGACGAUCUUAUGGGACAAAGCCAAGCUCCAGUUCUAUUUCAAACUUGGAACACACGUCUCCCAUCUCUCGCCAUCCAGCUUGCUGGUAAUGCUACGGCCAUUUCUUUCUGCGGCGACGAGCUCGAGAAGAGUCCAAAAGUUCGUCUCCAAGGCCUCCAUGUCGCUUUCUCAUAAGUUCCCGACGUUGGAGGCUUUCGCUAAAGCAGUUUCUCUGCGGCUUGAGCACAUAAGGCGUGCUGUCCUGGAGAAAGAGACUGAGGCGGUGCAAGAGCCAUCGUCUGUCACUCUAUUAAAUCUUUCCGAGAGUUUGUCCUGGGUCAGUUCCGCUUUCAAGUUCCUUGACCACGUCGUGAACAACGCUGUUCCGAAUAACUUCUUUACGUAUGAUGCUGCCAACUUGUCUACUCACAUCCUAACUUUCCUGUUUGACGCUUUGAAUAAGUUCUCCUUGUUGAAGGAUGGGGAGGAAGAAGCAUAUCGUACGCUGUUGCUGUUGUUCGUCGUGAGCCUGUGGCCUCAUGUACAACUCCUCGAUACUUGGCUUCAGGAAGGAAGCUUGUCGGAUCCUUUUGGCGAGCUGUUCUUUUAUGCCAAUGCUUCGGCUUCAAUCCAAGACACUGCAUUUUGGCAAACGGGAUACUUAGUACGUUAUACAGACCAAACCGGGGAGGAGCGGCAGAGUCUUAGCUGUGCUUCAUUUCUGCAACCAAUUGCAAUGCCGAUUCUUUCCGCGGGAAAAUCGUUGCAGCUUUUACGGCAUUUUCAGAAGGAAGGCGUGGCAAAGGCAUCUACUGUACAACUGAUUCAAGCCCCAGAGACAUCUCUGUUCGAGAACUUCUGCCUUUCGUUGAAGAAACUCCUCGUACAAGACAACCUUCCUCCCACCGAGCUGUCAUCCCUGACUAAGAUAGCCGCAGGGACUGAAGGUCAUAUAUCCAGUACAAUCAUUCUGCCUUCAUUGGACGACCAUGGACUUCGGAAUGCAGUGUUUUCGAAUGAUAAGGGCCACGUUGAUCGUACGAGUUAUCUUCAUGGUAGCGGAUGCGGGAGUAUUUUGCACCGUCAAAUGCUGGUGGAUGAAAAAGAGUUGAAGCUGGUGUUCGCAACUCUUGCGGAGAUAUCUUCAGAAGAGGAAAGUACCGAGUGCGGAGCGGCUAUCUCAAUGUUAGAAUGGCUACAACGUGUUGACUUUCCGGUAACACCUUCAUCAACAGUGAUAGUUCAAGAAUGCCUCAUCAGCUUGAUAACCAAGCAGGUUAAUGCCAUAGGUGCACAGUUGCUUGAAAAGCUAAUGGGAGAAUGGCGUCUGAUGGAAGAACUAUCGCUUCUGCGUUCUCUUUACCUGAUGGGCUCUGGAGACCUGCUGCAGCAGUUCUCGUUUGUGCUUUUCAAUAAACUUGAUCGUGGGGAACCAUGGGAUGAUUUUUACGAGUUGAACACCAUGCUACAGGAAUCAGUUCGAAGCUCUGCGGAUGCUGCCAUGUAUUCCACUCUAGAUUCUUUGGUUGUAAAAAUGGAAUCGCGCGGAACGGCGGAAAGGUCUCCAGUUCAUCGUGUGCAGUUUACUGGACGUAGCCCAGUUUUUGGCAUAGAUACUUUACAAGACCUCCGUUUUGAGUAUAAGGUGGCAUGGCCUUUGGAGCUCAUCAUUGACAGUGAUGCAAUCAAAAGAUACAACCAGGUGAUGUGCUUCCUGCUAAAAGUGAAGAGAGCAAAGCAAGCUCUGGACAAAGCAUGCCGAUGGACGUGGAAGGGAGACUCUGAUAGCCACAAACCACAACUACUUCUACAAAUGAAGCUCAUGCACUUCGUAAACACCUUGCAUCACUACGUCAUGGAUCAGGUACUAUACAGUUCGUGGCUGGAGCUUUGUGAAGGAAUGUCUUCGGCAAGGUCACUCGAUGAAGUUAUCUCGUGCCAUGAUAUGUACUUGAUCUCUAUUCAGAGGCAGUGCUUUGUUGCACCAGACAAACUGUGGACGCUGAUUUCGAGCCGUGUGAAGUCGAUACUGGGGUUGGCACUGGAAUUUUAUGCUGUCCAGCGUGGGGUUGUCGGAUCAGCAGGCACUGCCCCUCGAUCUCAGCUGGAAAUUGACAACGUUGCCAAGCAGUUUGACGAGUGCAUUGCGUUUCUUUUGAGGGUUUUGUCGUUUAAGUUGAACGUCGGACAUUUCCCUCAUCUAACGGAACUCAUCACCCGAAUUAACUACAACAACUACUACCUUUCCGAAUCCGGGCAGCUGCUGACACCGAUUCCAGACUUGCAACCGCACAGGCUGAAGAAGAACUUGUUUUCAAAGUAAAGCUAUAAUUCCUAGAGCUCCUACUGGAAAGAAGCCGCCAGGACACGAAGGAUUCCCAGUCCGGUAGACAAUGGACAGGACUUGCGCCGGGGUGCGAGAGUACGAAACAGAGUAGUCG